AUGAGUCGAGCAGCUAACGAUUCAGAUCGAUUUCGUGAUCUCCUCGAAGAUAUGUCAAUCCAACUGGAAGCCCGGUUAACAGUGAUGGAUCAGCUAACUGGGGAAUCAGAGCGCAGACGUGCACGCCUCAUUCAUCUGGCUAAACUUCUGGAAGAUCAACUAAAUCAACUACAGAACCCAUUAAACUGUAACACGGCCAAGUUCAUUGUAACUGAGCUACCGAUUUGUGGUUUUGGGUGUCAAGUUCAUCACGUUGCUCUUGUGCUCCAGGUGGCCUAUGCUUCAAACCGCACCCUCUUCGUUAAUAGUAAUAAUUGGUUUGAAACUUUCUAUCCAGUCACAAGCUGCCCUCACACUGGAGCUGAUGUGAUUUUUCAGCCACCUUCGGUUUUUGCACAGACCGUAGUGCCCUUUGCACCACCUGGUCUCAGGAGAGACUGGGCAGAGGCUCUCAGCGAUAUCCAUGAAUACCCCUAUGCUUGGUUCAGAGGUAUUCUUGUGCGCUACAUUCUUCGAUUCAGGUCAACUGUAUUUUUCAAGAAAUUGCGAGCUGAUUUGGGGAAAAUCAAAGCCAAACCACUGAUCGGUGUUCAUAUUCGUCGAACCGAUAAGCUCAUAAAAGAGGCCGAAUAUUUUCCAUUGUCACGGUACAUGGAUAAUGUCGAGCGGGCCUCUAGGAGGUUCGAAAUCGAAGAAGAGCUUUUGCAUCAUAAAAUUCAGAUUCGAAGAACUGUUGUUUUGACGUCUGAUGAUGUGGGAGUCUUGAAGGAGGCUAAAACUUUCUAUCCAAACUACACUUUUAUUGGUGAUGAAAACCGUGGGACCAGUAUCCAGCUGAGAAACCAGAAGAAAGGUAUAGAAAGUAUCGUGUACGAUGUCUUCAGUCUAGCGAACUGUGACCAUGUUGUUUGCACAUUCUCUUCCAAUAUCUGUCGCCUCGUCUAUGAGCUGCUCUUAACCGAUAUGAGAGUGUACGGUGACAGAACAACUCAUGUACAGUCUAUUGAUAAUAUCUACACCAUGCACGGCCAACGUAAACGCUACUGGAAGGUUAUCGGACGUGCGGUUGGAAGUGACGCCAAAAUAAACGAUACUGUAGUGGUGUUGAAGAACUUUUGGAAUGGCUCCAUUGCAACAAAUGAUGGCAGGAUCUUGCCCGCAUACAUUGUAAAGGAAAGCGUUUUACGACUUCCCGAUAAGUGA